GUACAAGUAAAAGGUGAUAGGUGAAACAACACGCAAAUAAUCGAGCUCGUUCAAUCUCGAAAAGCAUUUAGCAGAGAUUGAACUUGCGCGGUUUCUUGCUGAACGCUCAACAUUCUUGUUGCUUUGAUUCCUUAUUUUCUUUCCCUAUCGAAUAAGAAUCACUUUGUUUUGUUAAUCUCUUGAUUGGAAUAUCUGUGACAAGAAGAAAAAUGUCGUUCAUUGGAACCCAGCAGAAAUGCAAGGCUUGUGAUAAGACUGUUCAUUUCAUUGAACAAGUAUCUGCAGAUGGUGUUCCCUAUCACAAAACCUGCUUUAAAUGUAGUCACUGCAAUGGACAAUUGUCGAUGAGCAGCUACUCCGCCAUGGAGGGAGUUCUAUACUGCAAGCCUCAUUUCGAGCAACUCUACAAGGAUAGCGCUAGUAAGAAAAUUCCAAGUGGGAAACCAAACGAAGUGCUGACUAAGACCCCUAGCAAAUUGUCCUUUAUGUUCUCUGGGACUCAAGACAAAUGUGCCGUCUGUACCAAAACUGUUUAUCCAUUAGAGAAGGUUACGUUGGAAGGAACGUUUUACCACAAGAACUGCUUUAGGUGUAAUCAUGGGGGUUGCGCCCUCUCACCCUCAAACUGUGCUGCUCUAGAUGGCAUUCUAUACUGCAAGCACCACUUUUCCCAGUUGUUCAAGGAGAAGGGCAGCUACAACCACCUCACCAAGACUGCUUCUCUGAGGAAAAAUGUAGCUCCAGUACCCGAGCCAAAAACCGAGGCAGCUGAGGGAGAAGAACCAAAGGCAGACGCAGGCGUGGAAGCAGGUGAAGCAGAGGCCGCAGCACAGGAGUCACAAGAUGCAGACCAGACGCAAGAGCAAUAGUGAGAACAACGCCCCAUCUGAACCCAAAGUAGCUAGCAUCACCACGUCGAUUGUUCAAGGCUUUGGGAGAUACAUAUGAGUUUUUUGACAUGUUCCAUUUUCCCUUAUCGGAAUUAAAUUGUUGUCGAGUUGAGUACAGAAAUUCAAGGGGUUCUAUA